UGCGCUCGAGGUCAGUCCAGAAAACCCGCCCGCCGGGGAGAAAGGGGGUCGGGAAGGCUGUUCGCGCCUUUCCUUCGACCCGGGAGAGGAGCUGCCGCCAUUGCCAAGCCCGGCGGUUGCUGCAACCUUCGCGUGCUGCUGCAGAAACCUUUGCAUGUGUGCACAGGCCAUCCGAGGUGGCCUGUCAAGCAUCUACAGAAGGAUUUUGAAUUGGAGAAAGUUCCCCUAGAGAAGCAUGAUGAAGAAUAUUGGCUUGAAGACAUUCAUAUCCUCAUCAUAAAGAAGGGGGGGAAAUGGGUUCCCAAGGCUGCGAGCAUUGUAACAUCAAGGCAAAACAGCAUUUUAAGAAUCCCUCGUCCUGAGGAACGCACAGAAGUGGCGGCUCGCAAAGCACCUGCAAGUUUUUUGUGCAGCACCAUUGUAGCAAAAGAAGGUGGAGAACAGCCUCCUUUGUAGAUCAACGUCAGCCGUCUGUUGCUUUUCUUGAGGGAGCUACAAGCACGCACUUGUAGCCAAACACAACGUAUCUGGUGAUAUUUCUGCACAGAAGCUGGUGGUAGAACUCAGAAAGACUUGAGAAGCAAACGGACACCCCUAAGUAACAUACAUAAUCAGACAGCGUUAGAGGAGAUCUUUGCUCACAGCUUCUCUUGCUUUGUUCUUGAUGGUUUGAGAUCUGUUACAAAAGUUCAGCGAUUUAAACAGUAGGCAAGAAAAGAGCAGAAAGGGUAGAGAGGUGGCCCUUCAGGAACGGGGCUCCCAAGCCUUUGGAAUUUGGUAACAGCACCUUGAAAUAAACUCAGAGGCAAAAGGCCAGCCCUGUAGUUAUCCAAGGACAGGCUGAAGCGUUCAGUGCAGUUUUCAAACUGUCUUCAGAUGCAUUCCCAUGAAGAAGCCUGAAAACUGCUGAAGCAUAAUAAACCUGUCUGGGUUUCUUUCCCAGGGGAGAAAUGCACAGCCUGCAGGUCUUGCAUGAAAAAGGGGGAAAGUUUUAGGGGAGUAGCUGUGUUGGUCUGUAGCAAGACAAGAUUCAGGUGCAGUAGCAGUUUAAAACACUAAUUAGAUUUCCAGGGUUUGAGCUUUCGAGGGUAGAAUCAGGUCAGUGCACACAGUUUGACCUGCCCCCAUUUCAUGCAUCUUUCUGUGGCUGUGGACAUCCCCAAAGGUAUGUGUGUUAAUAUAGGGUAACAGGGAAUGUGAUGCAGUGAUGUGAUAUUUGAGCCAAACCUUUUUGGGAUUGAAAACCUGCCUCUUCAGGCUACAGUCGUACAUCUUGAUCAAUAAAAACAGAAUAGGCAAAACAUUAAAACCCAAUUCUGUAACUUGACAUGUUUUGGGGAAAGAUGAUCAGCUUGUUUACAGGGACGAGAGAUGGUGCGACCAUGAAUACCACUGAGUCAGGCACCCUCACGGAUCCUACCGAGGGAACCGGUCUGUCAGCACCAUUCAGGGCAAAGGAAGUGUCACAAGCUGCCACUCAAGCCGCCAUUGAAGCUGGAAGAGAAAUGCCAUCAUCCGGGUUUUCUGACCAGAAACAACUUCCCCUUAUGCCUCCUAGAGAACAAGUGUUCAAGUUUGGUCCAGCAGAUAAUGCUACCGUAUUCCGUGCACUGUUUGCCGGAGCAGUGUAUGACUCAGAGUCACCACAAGAUGUUAGUCUCCUUCCCAGUAUCUUGCAUCAAGUAAAUAUAGCCCCUUUCACCAUGGGAAGGAUUAAUGACUCGGUGUUGGACAUCAAUGAUUUUGUCACCGCAUCUUGUAUCUGCAGUCUUCGCCUUCGCCAGCCUGAAGGAAGACAACAACAGUUUCUACAAGAGAUGCUUACGCUAUACCUCCCGAAGGAUCCGACUGCAAGCGAGCAAGAGGCACGCGCUGAACUACAGAGAAUCCUUGACGAUACAAACAAUCUUCGUGAUCAGGUCUGGUUUACAGACGCAUACAGAAGUGCAGCUCAGGCGGCAGAAUCUAAUCAGGCGGUUAGGGACAUUAUUGGAUAUUGGGAGGGAUCCAAAAAGGAAUGGAACACUAAUGUCACGCUCCAGCAAAAGUUGCAGUUUGUCUCCACUAUGGCACUGUUCAUUCCCGAACAAGGCAGACAGAGAGUUCUGAAUUCAGUUCUUCUUUGCAUAAUAUCAUUUGCUCUGUGGGGAGAGAUAUCUCAGGUCAAAUUAUCCCGUCUACAGCAAAAUCUGGCCCCAAUCAUGAAAGGGAUCUCUGAACAACUGACUCGAGCAGAUAUCAUCCUCACAUGGAGAAAUUUCGCGCAUCUAGUAGAUGAUAGUAAUGUGGCAGAAGUUUUCCGCAGGUGGCUCUUGUUUAUACCAGUUCCGACUAGAAGACUAAGAGUCUGCUUAGCACAGGCUGCUGAUUCAGAAUUAAUGUCACUGGAUGUUAUUGCCAUGGCUUUGCAUAAACAUCCGACUUUCCCUUGGUAUAAAGUGAUGAGGAUGUAUCCCCAAGAAUGGAAGAAUGCUGUCAUGGCCUUGAAGCUUGUUGGCAGCAACCCUAUCUAUGGCUUCCGAAGUUACCUGCCCCAAUUACGAUCAACUAGGUACAAGUCCUUUUCAUAUAUCUGUGGAAAGUUGCUGAUUGAAUGUGGGGAUAAGUCUUGGUCGGACUAUUGUAGAUUUCAGGAAGACAAGCGUUACAAAGACAUCAUUGAUACCUUGAUUCGUGAGUAUAUAUCUGCCCAGGAAGGGCCAGAUCUAGACGAAGACCCGUCUGGUGAUCUCUUACCGUUAGUGAAAAAUAGUCCUGCAAAACCAGGCACAGUUACUCACGGGCGGAGUGGUUGUGAUCAAAAUAGACCUCCCGUGGGUUCCAUGACGUUGAACCUUCUGUUUCUGGUGUGUGUGCUUUUAAUAUCAGCUUCUAGAGAAGGAUUUUGAAUUGGACAAAGUUCCCCUAGACAAGCAUGAUGAGGAAUAUCAAAGCGAGGACAUUAAUAUCUUCAGCAUACGGAUGGAAAAAAUGGUCAGUUCUUACAAGAAGUAGGGAAAUGGCUGCUAACGUUUAUGAAGACCCUUUUAUUCUUCUGAGCCACUGGCUGGCAACUCGAAACAUUUUCCACAAUCAGAAUAAUAUCUGCAGUAUUAUUUAGAGUUGUUUGUAAAGUAUCUUCAAGUCGCAGCCAACUUAUGGCACCCCCUGCUGGGAUUUUCAAGGCAAGAGACUAACAAAGUUGGUUUGCCAUUGUGUGCCUCUGCACAGCAACCCUGGACUUCCUUGCUAUUUUCCCACUCAAGUAGCGACCAGGGCUAUCCCUGCUUAGCUUUCGAGAUCUGACAUGAUUGGUAUAGCCUGGGCAUAUCUGAAACCCAUUUCAACGUCUCCUUCACCGUAGCCGUAUGGAGAAUAUUUUUCAGACCUCCACAGCCGCAGUGGUGGCUUCCAGCAAACCUUCCUUUAUGGAACUCAAAAUGGGAUCUAUAGAGGGUUCCCAGGAGCUGCCCCAUCCAGGCACUGGCCAUUCUCAGACCUGCUUGGCUUUAGUGAGAUGGUCAUCUCAGGAGCCUUCCUGCUACACCCUGGGGACCGUAAGAGCCAGUCUUGAGAAUGCCUCACCUUCACAAUAGAAAUUCUCUCUUCCGUUUUUUGCCUUAUGUAUGGUUAGCAAAUAUGAUUAGUUAUAAGAAUAAAUUUCUUUUAACUGAUGUAACUGGUAAGGGAUAUUUUAAGUCAGUCAAGAAAGGCUUCAAAGGGGAGGGGGAUAUGUUAAGGGAUUUUUACAAUUUUAGCUAUAAGCCUUUAACUGAUUCUUUUUCCUAGGGCAUCAUAGGUAUGAGGGUUUGCUGCCGCUCUCCUAAAAUUGCCCUUUCACCUACUUCUACUGUCUUUAGAAAACUGCAAUGUAGGAGGAACAAAGAUGUUUAGAGUUACAACAGAGCAUAGCAUCCAAAACGUUUGCAUGUUAUUGCCUUGACGUGCCAGCAGUCUCUUAUCAAAUCAGGAGGCACGCCUCUUAAAGAUAACAAGAGGUGCCAGAUGGGUGCUAAUUUUCACCCCUUUUGUUUAUAUGACCUGCCAACUUUUUAGAAAUUAGUGGCUGAAGCUUAUUUUCUUUUCUGUAAACUAUCCUAGUUCGGUAGACUAUUUUCUGAUGUCAUUGUUUGUGAAAGGUAUAAGAAUGGGUGAUUUCUUUGUGACAUAUGCACUUUGCCAGGUCUUACUGAAGUGCAUCAGUUUAUUUGAGUUUUCUAAUAAACUUCCUUUGCUUUUGCCAACA